AUGAGUUCUUCAAACGCUCUAACUCUUUUUGAUCGAUCACGUCUUAGCACUGUUUAUCCGCUAGGAGCCACUACAAAUACUGGUCUUGGCUAUCAACAAACUAUUUUAGCGCAAGACGGCGAAGGAAAUUCUUACAUUAAGUCAACCAAUGUUCAAACUGUGGCAGGUCCUUCACGUGACACUGGAAUAUCAGUUCAAAUUCGUAAUACGUAUCCGGCUCGUUACAAUUUUGCAGUCAAGCAAUACCGUGCGAAUGCUGAUGCCAAUAAUCCAAAGAAAAAGGAAAUGCGUGGCGGACAUUUUCUUCUGUAUCGAUCAGUUAUUGUUCUUGCCUGGUUAAUUGCUCUUGGUGCCGGUGGAAUAAUUAAUAAUAUUCAUCAUCAUGUUCAACUGUUACCAAUACCAUCUAAAUUAUUAAAGCAUGAUGGAAAUGGUGAAAAUUAA